AUGAAAUACCAAGCUCAGAAAUCAUACCUUUUUGGUAUGUUUGUGUUCAAUCUUGUAACAGCAAUUGUUCAAAACAAUGAUGGUUGUUCAUCUACGACAGGUAACUUCGUUUAUAAGUUAACUGCUAUAUAAUAAUUAUUAAUAAAAAAUCUUGCAGAAACGGGCAUUCAUGCAAUGUUUGUUCUGGGUUUCAGUAUAUAAUUAAUAUUUGAGAUUGCACAUCUAUUUUAUUAGGGACGUGUAGACAUCUGGUCGUCAUCGGCUUUGUCCAGAUCACCAUGCAUAGAGUAUAUUCUGAUCAUCAUUAGUUUUGUCAUAUUAAUGGUUAACUCUUAAAUUACGAGUAAUUAUGUAGUGAUUCUGGUGGACUCUGCCCAUUCUGAUCGAUUAGAAAACUAUGUACUUCCAGCAAUUCAUUCAAUUUCAUUAUAAUUAUAUUUAUAUAUUUUCUUGAAUAUUACCUGAGCAUGCCAUUUAUGCAAACAAGGAACUAUUUUCGUGCCUAGUCUCGAUUCAUUUCUUUGGUGAAAAUAGAAGGAAACUGUAACAUAAGACAAAAAUUCAAAUUAAAUUCAAUAUAAGUACAUAAUCCAGUAAGUCUGAAAAUAAUUUAUGUACUAUUUAAAACACGACUAGGAUUGUCUGCACGACAACGAGUGUUUUGAAUAGCUUAAAAUACGACUACAAAAGAAUACUAAUUAGGAUGAAAUAAGAAUACUAAUUAGGAUUAACAAUUAUAUAAUGCCACAUGCAUGCAUGUGUUUUCGUUUUAUCAGAUAUAAAGUUAUUCCACGUGACAUAUUAUGGCUGAUAUGAUUUGCAACAAGGUUUAUGAAUUAUUAAUGAGUAUUUUAAACUCAUAUAGUAGGCCUAUACGCGGAAUGGUACAUGAACUAUUGUUAUCAAAGCUUCGGAUUAAUGGACACGGAUGCAACUUCCUGAAAAAUUAUGCAACUAAAAUCAGCCGGGUAACGUAUACUGCAUGACGAUGCUUUAUUUCAACUAUUUUUAGAUAAAAAGACAUGGAUCAAACGAGAAAGUUUCUCCUGGUCUAUGCCGGAAAAUUUAAUUGUUGGGGAAUGGUGGACAUUUGACUGUAGACUGAACAGUAACAAGGUCAGUGCGACAUUGUGGCAAAAAACCAAUACAAAUUCGUCUCAACGAAUUCCUGAUGGAAAAUACAUUAAAGUUUCGGAUAAGAAUAUGUUCCUUAUAUCUGGUUUAAAAAAGAGCGAUGGAGGUCGUUAUUAUUGCAACGCUUGUGGUUUGGAAAAAUUCGUUGGUAAAAUCCAUAUGACAGGUAUGUUUAUAUAA